UUUUUACGCACACAUCCCUACUGUUUGCUACCAGUGUUUGCUACACGUGUUUGAAAUACAAAAAUAAUGGCUUCUUUGGAGCGACAAUACUUUUGGGGUAAGAUUUUACUGCUUUCCACUGCGAAGUAUACACAUUUCUUAACUUUAAGUUGUUAUUUAGGUUGCACCCUGAAUAAAGAUAAACCCGAAUUCAAAUGGCUGAGUACAGAAGAUGAGGAAAGUAUCGGGGAAGUAGACAUACUAAACCAGCUUGCCCUCAGUCAGGUUCGUAAGUCCUAGAGGAUCAUAGACAUAGAAAAUCUUGCCUAAACACUUGUCUUGCCCACUGACUUUCAGUUGUAUUUGUAAGUAUUUCGUCAGAGUUUGUCGUUACUGAUAAUUUCUUAGCUGUUCAUUUUCUUAGCUGAUUUUUUGAAUUCUCCAUACAUCAGCAAAUAAAAGAUUGUAAACAAUUAACCAUCCUGUUAAAAGCCUAGGUUACACAUGCGACUCUUUUCUCGCACUGGCAACACAACAGGUCAAAUUUCAUUGUGUUGCUGGCACAAGAGAAGAAAUCGCACACAUGUGUAUCAUGUCUUGCACACCAAAGCAAUUGUAACUUAGUUGAUGCCUUCAACAAUCCUUGCCGAAUGUUAAUAGAAGUGAUUUAACUUUUGGCCAUGAAUGCCAACUCACUGGUUAUAUUUAUUUAGUCAGCUAGCCAAUGCAAAUCGCUUUACUUGACAAGUGGACUGGCUAGAGAAAAAUCUAUUUGCAGUGGGAAAUCCAGUGAUGUGAACUAGUACAAGAUAUUAUGGUUUUGAUGUUACUCUGAUUGUAUAUCCACACCGGGCAGGCUGAAAAGUUAGCCUGACCACGAUGGGAACCUUUGGCAUACUAUUCCAAGUCUCACCGUUGACCGGCUAACUUUUCAGCCUGCCCGGUAUGGAUAUACACUCAGAGUGACAUAAAAAACUUAUUCACCUGAGUACGACAUAUCAAAACACACACAAAUAUCAUAGUACAAGAUAUAUCUCCAAGUGACGAAAUCAUUUAAUUGCUAAAUUGUACACCUUUAAACACAAAUUAGGAUCUUUUGGUAGUCUAUUGACAACAUGAUAUUUCUGUUUCUAUCAAUCACACCGUACUUCACAGUGAUCAAAUUCCGUUCUGCGCAUCGGUUCUGCUCAUAACAAUGUGAGGACCUCUAAUGUGAACAUUGCCCAAAUUUCGAAUGUUUCCAAUUUUUCUGAACAUAAACUCUAUUUCAUAUUCAUUUAGAAGUAUAGCGAACCAAAAUGGUGUUAGAUAUUCAGACAGUGCAUCAUAUUUUAAAAAAUACAGCAGUUCAAAAUGUAAACAAACCGUUUGUUUACAUUACGGACUUGACUUCCCCUUUAAACUUGUGUCUAAAAUUAAAAGCGCUAAAUUUUGUGAAUGAUAAAUUUAGCCUCGAUUUGUAAAUCUUUGGCUUUGCAUUUCUCUUACUAGACGAAAAAAUCCUUGUACAUGUUGCCACUUUCUUGUGUUGGCAAUGUGAUGAAAAUUUUGAUCCAUUUGCAUUGCCCACGCGAGAAAAGUUGCAUGCGUAACCCUAGCUUAAUGCUCUCUACUUUAUUAUUUUACUUUGUCUAAUGCCAGACAAUUUUAUAUGUCAAGGGGAGAGCACAGCUGCUCAAAUGGGUAAAUAUUUGUUGAACUAAGCAUGAACCAAUAGUGAGAAAUUUUCCAACACAAUAAUAAAAUCUGAUACCGUACUGUACUAGAGUUCAUUGGCCAAUAUACAGUGUGGCUCAAAAGUAUAACACCUGCAUGUGUAUAACAGGGCUCGAAAUAACGGCCGAUCAAUGAUCGGCAGGAAAUUGUUUUUGAUCAGCGAAGAAGCAACGUUGCCGUUCAUCUUGAUCGGCAAGAAAUAUAUUUGACCAUUGUCUGAAGAACAUGCUUACCUGUACGCGGUAAAAGACAAAUAAAAAAUAUGAAACACAUUAAAAAACAUGCGAAAAACUCUUGUUUAGUUGACACGAGUCAUCCGACAGGCCUGCAAUGCUAUGAAGUAUUGUCGUCUCUUCAACAGUCUGCAAUCCGAACCACGACGACGAACGUCUUUGUCAUAAUAAUUUCAAAUUGAUCGGAUUUUUUGAGUAGUAUUUUUUAUUUUUAAUAGGUUUUUCUCUGUUAAUAUUAAAUAAUAAAUUUUAGUUCUUAAUUGAUAAUGCUGCUGUGUUUCUUGCUUUUGUGUGAAAAAAUACAAUACCAUAAUUAAAACUAAUUGAACUAAAAUUUAUUACUGUAAUACCUGUUAAUUAAUUACACUAUUGAUAUUGUCAGUAUUGUAUAUAUAAGUCCACAAAUGUCAUAGAUUUAAUUAAUAUUUAAACUCGAAUUUGAAAUGAAGUUAAACGUUGCUUCUUCGCCGGUUUAAACUGAAUUUUCUUUUCUAAAACGGGGGUCAGUAAAAGUGCUUGGAUAAAGCCCUGAUUACAGUAACUACCAAAACUGCAUUCCCGGGACCUCAGUUGCAUGAUACAAACUUUCCACUGUGUAUGUGGGCAGAGUACCGCAAGUGCACUAAAAAAAAUACUUUGUCAAUAACUUUGCACACUUCGUUAUUUAUACCUAGUGACAGACACGUCUUUUAAAAUGCAUAUUAUUGGUAACACUUGAAUAAAGUUCAGAGAGGAUUGCACAUGAGAUCUUGUUUAAAACUGCCAUGAGUUUGAUUAUAGUCUGCAUUCUGGCUGUUACGUCUGUUAUCAAUUACAAAGUGACAAAAAGAAAAGAUGGUAACAUACUUUACUCUAGUAAUCCCUUUAGCAGACCUGGAAAUAACUCUAGCCUUUCUUGGAUGCUACAAAUUAGUGUGUGUCUACUUUCACCUUUUUUAAAACCAAAGAGACUAUGUCAACAGGGUUCGAAUUAGCGGCUUGCUAUUCGCAAUUCAAAAUUUCAAGAAGGAAAUUUGCAAAUCGAUUUUUCCUGUCUAAUUCGAACCCUGGUCAAUGUAAAGGUAUCACUUUCUCCUCGAUUAUUUUAAGACCUUGAGUAGAGUUCUGACCAAGGACUUGACCCGGUUCUGAGGUCUCCCAGCUUGAAAGGCAAGUGUGGUUACCACAACACCACAAAUACUAGCACACAGAAAGUGUGCUUCAAAUAAACAAAUAAGUACUCAUGGUAUAUUAAAUUUUCCCCAAAUACUUGUUGUAACCCAUGUAAAACUCUAACUGCAUUGUAUCUCAAACGCAUUGUUUACAUUAAUGGCUUAUUUUCAUGAUCAGGAAUUUACAAUAGCUCUACAGCACCUUGGCCUAACCUUAGUAUGGUAACUGUAUUAUUUUCAAUUUGUCCAGGCAUGCCUUGGACCAAAGGCAAAAGAUGGCUCUCAUGUUGUGCAGGUCACAACAAAAGGUGUAAAUGAUAACAGCAUUACACAGCCAAUCAUUAUCCUUGGGUCUGGAGUGAGACAGGUACAUGUACACGAGUCAAGUGUAAAUUUGUUUGAAUGAAAAAUGUGCCUCUGAAAUGUGAAUAUUUGGAAAUGUGUAACUGUUUGUACCCAGGUGCGUUGUUUUGUUUCACUGCAUCAAGCGCUUAUGGGCACAAAAUUGAUCAAAUUAAUCCAUAUGGCCCCACCCAAAGGCCCCACAAAUUGAAACAAGCCUCUAAGCCCUAACAUUCCUGUGAGGUAUACUGCUGGACCUCCCCCAGGGAAUUUUUAUCUGCGACUGUUUCUUUGUGUAUGCAACUGACGACAGGUAGUAAUAAUUGCUAUUUUAAUUGAAACCUCAAAAAUAUCAUUCCUCAACAUAGAGUAUAUUCUCCAACAGGUUCCAUGCAGACUUGAAUUCUCCUCAACAGCCACAUUCAAACUUGUUGAAGGUAUAGUUAAAGUUAAGAGGUAUCCACCAAACCCAGCAUUCUAGUUCAACCAUGCAAGUGAAGUGCAAAACACAUCUUCACAGUUGUACAGUCUUUAAUUAAUGAGAUUUUUUUUGCAAUUGACACAAUAUACAUUGUACAGUAUAAUCUGAGGUGACAAGACCUGUUUGUAGAAAAUUGGACAGGUUUCUGCUGUAGUUGAACAAAAAAUGCUUAUAAUGUUUAUUUUAGUCUGUUGUAUUCUACAAUUUGUGCUUACUGUAAAACUAUAUUUAGUUAAUGUAAGUAUAUACUGUAUACUGCUAUUACUAAGUGAUACUUUUUGUAGGGAGUGGACCUGUUCACAUAUGUGGAAGCCAUGUUCAAGGUACGUACUGUGGUAUAUAAUAUUUUCUCUUCAGAUGCUUGAUACAAAUUAUUUAAUUAGAGUAGGCUUGAUUGUAUUUUGUUACAUAUAAUUUAAAAUAAGUUUAUUAUUGUGAUUUAAAAUACUGAUAUAAGCUUGCUGAUAAUCAAAAUGCUAGCCAUGUAUUUCAACAUAGUUUUUUUUUACAAGAAGUUUAUAAUUACCAACCGUGAAUGAUUAGAAUAAUUUUUCAAAAAUUCACUGAAAUGUUGGCAUAAGAAAACUUGUCUCCUGUCUAUAGUAGUACAUAUUGUAUAUACAUUACGUAAUGUUUUAGUACUAUGGUUUCAAGUGCACUUUGAAAAAAAACAUGCAGAAGUGAAUUUUGAAAAUUUUAAAGAUGAUCAAAAUUUCACAGGUGCUGUAUUUAAAGUCUUGAAAAACUCAAGUGCUUGUUUCCAAAUUGGAUGAUAAACCUUACAAUAAUAUACUGCACAUGAAAAAUAUUCGGAAGCAAACUUGUGGGUACUUUCAGGCAUUAAACACAUGCGAAAUGCAUAAUUUACUUGUUCAUUUGAAUGACACAACAAUUUAAUACAGAUUUUUCAUUAUCAAAAAAGAGAACUGAAAUCAGAAUGUCUUUUGUAUUGGCACUUGCCACGCAUUUUUUUUUUUUAAAUGUAUUCAUUUUUUGGACUGUAUUCUUUUUUUUUUGCACUGCAUUUUGAUAUAAUUGCACUCUUACUUCUUAGCCAUUCAGAAUCGAGCUAUUUUUCAUGUGUAUCAUUAACUGGCUAAAUGAUAAUAUAUCAUUCAUUUUCUUUGUUAAAACAUGUAGUGUUAUCAGAAGGUUAUGAGAAUAGUGAUGAAGAUGAGGAAAGCGUUGGUACGUUUCUUUUGUUUUGUACCAUUGUUGGCUUUUGCAUUUUUGGCAUUAAUGUACCUACUGUACAGUAUCAAUUUACACAUUGGGAUGGGGUGGAGGGAGCUGGUGGGACAGAUGUGAUGUGUUUGAUCAUUUUCGUCUCGUACUCUUGGGCAUUUAAUCGUUUUCUCUCUCUCAAGGACAGGAUAUUUGCACUAGGCUAAGUGUCAUAUCAAAUCCUGUAUUGUGUUGCCAAAAAAUCAAAUACUCCACACCCAUGCAUUUUUAAAACCUGCUACUGUAGAUGUUGUGAAAUACUUUGUGUGCAACAGUGGUGCAUUUUAUUGUAUUUGACUGACAUUUGCACCUUGUGGUACGAUAUCAUUUAAAAAUUUGCACAAAAAAUCUAGUGGCCACAUAUGCCUGAUCUCCGUUUGAGACAUACUGUAUCCUUGAUAGGUGAAUGUAUAACAUCAAAACACCCCUACUUACAGUAAAUAUGAUGUUGUUUUUAAUUUAUUUAUGUUGCUGACAUAUUUUCUAUGUUUCAGAUGAAGACUCACCCAAAAAACCACUCGCCAAGCCAUCGGUAAUGCAUUUAAUCAUCUCUAUAAGGAAAUUAUAGAACAAUAAUUUUUUAUUACAGUUUUCUAAGAGUCAGAAAAAUUCUGACCUUGUUUUUGGAAAUUUGCCAUUCAACAUCCAAAUAUACAAAAAAAAACAUUUUAACAGUCCCAAAACUUAUUUUGUAUAUUGAAUUUAAGAUAUUGUUGUUUAUUUAUCUUCUGAAACGGUGGUGUUAUUUGUAUUUUUAACGGUUUAAAAUUUGGUAUUGCAUGCUUGAAAAUCAGUUUAAAAUGCAUCUAAUGGAUAUAAGUUAUAUAAUAUCUCCGAACUCUAUCCGGAGAGCCCCAAACUCAGGAAAACCCGAUAAUUUUAUGUUUAAAGGAUGGAAAAGGUAAUCGUGAAAGGAAAUGAAAUGUGUAAGAUAGGAAGACUAUAUUUUUCAAUAAAAUUUUGUGAAAUUUCGGACUGGGACUACUUACAGGACUUCAAUUUUCCCCCAUUAUCAUCCACUUUACCUAUAUGUAAUUCAAUGUUUGGAUUUUGAUAGAUAUCUUGUAAAAAUCCUUAUCUACUAUACGUCAUCGCUUCAAUUCACUAUACGUCAUCGCUUCAAUUAGCAAAUCAUAUAGUUGUAGUACAAAGUACUUGUAUGUUGCAUUGUAUUUCAGCCAUCAAAAGGGAAACGGCCGAGCACAUCGGGGAAGGAACAAAAACCGCCAGAAAAAAAGGCAAAGUUUGAACUUGCGAAUGGUAAUAAUAACCGAAUUCAUAUUAGAGACGGGAAACUCGUCUAUAAAAACCCGUCUGAACAUAAAUUGGGGGACGGAAAUCGUCUGAAAUUAUAUGUAGGUUUUGUAUAUAAUUUCAUAUGUUUAUCUCGAUAAUUCUAACUCCAGUUCUCCGUCAGAAUAGGGAUUUAGGACGAGUUUCUCACCGGAUUCCCAUCUUAACUUUCUCGUCUGUUUGGACGGGAGUGUUGGACCGAAAAGUUGAGACCAAAAAUCUGUCUGUUGCUAAAUUUAAAUUAGGGGCUGUUUUGAUGGAAGCAAGCCAGCCCGGGUACCCGUACUGCAUGUAACUCGCUUCCCCGAGAAAAAUUUCACCACGCGUUUACAUGAAACUUUUGGGGCGAGCUGACUUGUGAAAACAAAUACAAAUUUUCGCGGAAAAGUCAAUUAGUUGGAUUUUGGGCAUGCGCAUAAAGACAUUAUUUUACUUAAAAGCCGAGCCAGCUCGGGUAAAUGCGUUUAUAUGGAAAACUACCCAGCCUGUUUGGUCUUGGGUCACAUGAAGCGGGGCCUCCGUUAGGCGGGCCAGCUCGGUUUUCAUAUAAAUGCAAGAUGAAAUAUGGUAGGAAAUAUUAAUAAAGAUGGGAUCUCGAUUUUCUCCUUAAACAUAAACAGCGCCUUAGACUAGUUUGUAGCCUGCCCCAGCGGUUAGUAUAUUUAGCCACUCCCCCGUCCUUAAUUUAAGGUGGCUUGCUACACUUCUUUAAAAACUAAAGAUUUUCUGAUUUGGAUAUGAAUUUCUGGGGAAUUAUUAUUUGUUUAAAAACCAAGGGUAUCUGACUUGUAUAACAAAAUAACUAAGCAGUUUGGAAUUUUUAAAAAAGUAAUCCUAACUGCCGUUGCUAUGACAACAAUGACGUAAGAACAUGGCGGAUAUUUUAUGUUUAAAGUAAUUUAACUCGAAAAAAACUUCGGUGACCCCCAUUUUUUUUAGUAUUUUGAAUUAUUUUCGUGAUUUAAAAAAUAUUCUAUCAUGGCAAAAUAAAUUAUUACGAAUUUUCACAUCUUGAAAAAUUUCGGCAUUGCAGAAUAUUUUUAAAAUCAUGGAAAUAAUUCAAAAUUCCAUUAGGAAUCAUUUUAUGUGUAGUGCUUUAAGGAAGGGAAAAAAGGGCCUUAUACUCGCGCUACGAACUCCCUAAUGUAUAGUUCGUUCAAACAGCGCAGUUGAGUUCCGGCGAAGUUACCCUCGAAGUUAAAUAAAAGUUUCAUUCAUUGACAUGCAACUUUCCAAUUUGGUGAAUCUAGGUGAUGAUGAAUCCAGCGAAGAUGAGCCAGACGAACUCAUCCCAAUGAAUCUAUUAGAGUCCAAAGGAAAAGAUAACAAACAAAAAAAGAAGCCAGUUAUUGAUGAAGCGAAGACGAAAAAAGCGCCAAUUUCUGCUGCGGCUAAGGUAAAGCUUUCAAAGAUUUAAAUUGAAACUAUGAAUCAGAAUGGGAAGGUUACAAAAUGGGAAACUUUUUAGGCUUCCCAGAAUUGUUAAAAGUGGAGUGGUCCCGAGGCAACUAGUUUUUGUUUGCUUAGUGGUCCGUGGAUUCCCAUGCUUACCUCCAUUAAAAGAUUGACUACCAUCCAGAAAUAAAAUCUACAUGCAUGCUUUUAAGUGUAACAGUGUAACAAAUGCUUAAAAGAUCAUAAUUCUGUUGUGGUAGGAUAUACUGUAGUACAGACCUGGAAAAAAUCCUGAGGAACAUUUGCCUUAGCAACAAGAUUGAGGGACAUUUUGAAUUUUCCGCGCGUACUUUAAGGGAAAAUUUUAAGGAAUCGUAUUUAGUUUCUGCCAUUUGAGUCUAUUUUGAGAUUGCUCUUCAUAUCCUGUUAAUAUAAUUUGAAGAUUGUUUUGUUUCCUCAGCAAUUUUACAACCAAUAUAAUUGAGUUCCAGCUGGAAAUGGAGCCUAAGUCAAAACAAUAUACAGUCAAAUAAACUUUGUUACACUGACACACGUAACGCACGGUCAAAUUUUUCAUUGUUUUUACGCACUUUUGAGCUGAAUUUGAUUAUUUGAGGAACAUUUGAAAAAGGCAAAUUCAGGAUCCGAGGAACAUUGAACACUUUUUCCGGGUCUGCUGUAGUAAAGGAUAAAGAUUUACAUACUAUGUUUAGUCGAUGCUGAAAGAGGAAGUUCGACUUUGUAUGUAGGUGAAUAUUAAUUUGGUAAGCGCCGGAUUUGCAUUGAAACCAAGAUCUUCGAUUUUAAAUCAAUAUAAGAUUAGAAGUAGUUUUCAGAUAUUUAACAAGUUUAUUUUGCAAGUCCAAAUCAAGUCACAAGUCAUUAACACCCGAGUAGCAAGUCUUGUCACAAGUCAUUUUAUUAGUUGCAGUGCCAAGUCGAGUCGCAAGUCAUUCUGUAUAGUUUUUUUUCCCCAGACCUGGGGUGUCACCCAUGACAAUUGUAUAUUAAUUGUAUACUAUACAUAACAAGCUCUCAGUCAUAGUGUGAUCUGCCAAUCUGGCUGCACUACCUGCUCUGGCUGUGCAUCGGUUAAUUUCCAGUGCAAUUUUCACUAGAUAUUUAAUUAAUUAUUUAUAAAUUCAAUUUGACAUGCGUUAGUCAUUUCCUGCAAGUCCAAGUCGAGUCAUUUUAUUCCUGUCCAAGGCAAGUCACAAGUCGCUAAUAUGAUUAUUAACCAAUCAGAUGCCUUUAAAGCACCCGAUUGACCAGUCAAAUGCGUAUUAGCUAGUGAGAGAUAGUGACUGUUGUUUUGCAGAAAGCAACGCCAGACGAGGACGAAGAUGAUGACUCGGAAGACGAAGACGACGAUGAUGAUGACUUCGAUGUAGAAGACAGUGACGACGAAGAUGAUGAUGAAACAGACAGUGAUGAUGACGAUGAUGAUGACGACGAUGAUGACGACGAUGAUGACGAUGAUGAUGAUGAUGAGAGUGAUGAAGAAUCUGGCAUGAAAAUCACUCCUCCGGUAUGUACUGUAAACCUUACAUCAUGCCGGACUUUCCAGUUUCCAACUCGAUAUCUUCACGUUCAUUCAUACAGUAUUUAAUGACUAAUGUAAUGAAAUGUGUAGAAAAUUAUAUUCUUCGCAGAGUAGUUCAAAUCACAACCUGUCGAACGAGCUGUGGAAGUUUAUAGUCUGUUUGGCUGUUGGUCCGAGAACAACACUUUGAAACUCCAGUAUCAUAGUAGUUUUCCUCAACAGAUUUUUAUUGACAACAUCCUAUGCAACUUUUUCGUGGUUGACAUACAUACGUUUUAAUUGACUAACAUAUGUAAGACAAUAGACACGCGUCACAAAAGUCGAAUUCCCGCUCGGGUGCGCAGACGUUAUUUUCCGAGCAAAGAAUGGGCGUGGGAAAUGACGUCUAUGAUUGCAGACAAUAGCAAAGGUGGUUUCACACCGCUUUGACACUGGCUUAAAAUACACAUUUUUAUGUCUAUUUAGAGCAAAGGCAAACCUCAGCCAACCCGAAACGCAAAGACUGAUCCAGGCAAGAAAAGCCAAGAUAAAGGAACGCCGAAGG